UAUAUUCAGAUGAAGUAGGUAAGAGCAAAGCAAAGAGCAGAUACAGAGAGUGAUGGCAGAAGUCAUAGGAGCACCAGCAGCUCAAGUUAAAUCAAUCUUUGUAUAUCCCAUCAAAUCAUGCCGUGGAAUUUCUGUUUCUCAAGCACCUAUCACUUCUACUGGAUUUCGAUGGGAUCGACAAUGGUUAGUGGUGAAUUCCAAAGGCAGGGCCUAUACUCAAAGAGUUGAACCGAAGCUUGCUCUUGUCGAAGUGGCAUUGCCAACUGAGGCCUUUUCUGAAGGCUGGGAACCAAAUAAUGAUUCUUAUCUAGUUAUCAGAGCUCCCGGUAUGGAUCCACUGAACAUUCCACUAAGUAACCCAUCUGUAGUGUCGGAUGGUGUCUCGGUCUGGGAGUGGUCUGGUUCUGCCUUGGACGAGGGAGCUGAGGCAGCUAUGUGGUUCUCCACACAUCUGGGGAAACCAAGUCGGCUAGUUCGCUUUAGUGAAGUUAAGGAAAUGAGAGUUGUAGAUCCUAAUUAUGCUCAAGGAUACAAUGUUAUGUUUUCUGAUGGAUAUCCAUACCUCGUGCUAUCCCAGGGAUCAUUGAAUGCGUUAAAUUCUCUUCUCAAGGAGCCUGUUCCAGUAAAUCGUUUUAGACCCAAUGUCCUUGUUGAUGGAUGUGAACCAUUUGCUGAGGAUUUGUGGAAGGAGAUCCGGAUCAAUAAGUUGACAUUUGAGGGUGUCAAACUAUGCUCUCGCUGUAAGGUACCUACCAUAAAUCAAGAAACAGCAGUAGCAGGCUCUGAGCCAACAGAAACUCUCUUGAAAUUCCGUUCCGAUAAGGCCUUGCGUCCGAAUAAGAAACAACAAGGGAAGGUAUAUUUUGGACAGAACAUGGUUUGUUCCGACGCUCUUAGCCAUGGAAAAGGCAAGAUAGUCAAGGUGGGGGAUCCUGUUUAUGUCCAUAAGGCUGUUCCUUCUAGUGCUGAGGCUCCAGCUUGAACUCUAGUUGUUCUAUCACUGUAAUGUAAAAUGUGCAUCUGAAUAAGGUGAUCCCAAAAGAUAAGAAUACUAAUGUAAGGAAAAAUGGUCUUCCAGGCCACUGCUAAAUAUAUCUAAAUAAAAGGUUCGCCUGUAUUUCUUUUCAUC